CGGUCUCCUUCUCUUCGUUUUCCAUUUUUUCGCCUGCAAGAAAAGGUGAAAAAAUGUUCCUUUAGAGAGACCAUGAAACACGAGAAGCCGCGAGCAAAGAAAAAUAUUUUCCCCACCCCAUUCGUCCCCGCACAUUUCCGCGAAUUAUAUCCGUGCCGCCUGCCUUUUGGCGGGUGCAAGAUAUUAGCUCGCCCUUUCUUUUUCUGCAAUCAAAGAGGCGGCUCCGAACCACCCACGAUCGGCGGGGCGAUUGUGGCGAAACCCCUCAGGGGAAGAGGGCGCCACAAAACCCCCAGAAGGGUUCCCCCACCACCCGUCCUUGACGAUGGAUCGGCCACGUGUUGCGAUGCCGAGGUUAGGCAUUUGAAUUCAUGA